AAACCCUCUCCUGUGACCUCAACAUUCUACUACCCAAAAUAUGUCACAGGGAGAUUGAGUCAGUGAUCAAGGGAGGCCAAGAGUGGGGGAGGAGGGGCACUCCUGGAGUAAAUAAGCGAGAAAAUGGGUGCCUUUUGCUCAUCCUCAGAACAGGACUCAGCCCAUUUCCCUCUCGGGCUGCAGGUCUGGCCUGGGGGGCUGAGCCAGAAGCAGCAGGAAAGCAGUUCAAUUUGACCUUGUCUGCCUGGGCACUGAAAUUCUUCCCAAGCAUCCUGAGGUGAAACUGGCAAGAGUGGGAAGGAACUUUGGGCUAGCCCUGCCUUGGCCAGGGACCAAGUGAUCACUUCAGAUCACAGCUCAGGCCAGCAGAGGGUCGAGGUCAGCGGCUUAGAGGUUUUCCCCUGGACAAGGACUUGCUGGGGGAUUACCUUUCCAUAUCCCAGUGGCAGGACUGUCAAGGUUACAACACAGGGGACUUGAUUAAAAAAUACCACUCAAAUCACAAGACAUGGCCAUCCUUGGUCAGUAGUGCACAUAUGAAAAUAGUCUGACCUUAUUUAGCUUACACUCAGAUUGAGCAGAAAGUAACCACCGUUUCACUCUGCAGAGGCGUAAAGUGAGGUUUCACUUUUCACAUUGUGCUAUUUAUUACAUUCAUAUCCUGUUGAAUGUUACUUUUCAAAGUUCAUAUUUAUCUUUGCAUUUUUUUUGCAAGAAUGAUGAGCAGACACACACGAGCCACUCAAAAGAAGAAAUGGAAGUCCUGCCAUCUGCAUGCUUCACCAGAUAUUAAUAAUUUACUCUCCAUGUUUACUACUUACAUUAGAUGGCACUGCUCCUCACGAUGGGUUUUAUCAGAGGCACAUUUUGGGGAAAAAAAUUCUAGCACAGCCAUCACUAAUUGCAUGAUUUUGCAUAAAUUAGGUUAGCUACAGAGUUUUGUUUUCUUCUUGACUAAAUUCAUCAUUUCCUUAAAAAAGAUGGAAUGAUUCAGUUUAAUUUCUUUAGCUAAUGGAAGAGCUCUACUAAAAAACAGGAUGCCCUUGAAAAGCAGAAUAUGCCUUUAAACUUAUUACAGUUGCCACGACUUUCUGUUUCAUUAUUGUGAUUAAGACUGAGCUUUUACAUCAAUCAGUUUCAUUAUCCUGUUGAAAAACAGAACUACUGGUCAAGAAAUAGGAUACAAGGCAAAAGCUGGAAAGCUCCGUGUUUGCUCAAGGAGCUUUCAAAAGCCCUAUAGAAAGCUGGAGACUCCAUUACUUGGUUGACUUUGGGGGGGGGGGGUUCCUCUGUUUUGCCAUGAUUGUUUCCCCCCACAGCAGAACAGGGAUUUUCCUGUCUUUUGUUCCUCUCUCUGUAGGAAGAAAUUUAAAAUAAAUAAUAAGUAAAUAAAUGAAAGACUUAUACAUGAAAGGCAUCUCUCUUCAAGGAAGACUCCUACACAUGGAAACAAGCAGCAAAUAAAAAUGAAGCUCAGAAAUCAGAGUCAGCCGCAGAGGAGCGCGGCUGGACACACUCAUUCUCGUAACUAGACAUUUGUAUUCUCUUGUUUGCUCCAACCCAUAGUUCUUGCAUUUGGAGAUACGACUGAACUCUCCUGUAUGAGAAGCAGAUUACUUAUGUCGGGGCCAGACUGCUUCUCAGAGAAUGACGACACAGAGGUGGUCACAGCCACAUCACAAGGCAGCAGUUCUGUGGACAGGCAUCCACACAGAAGGGAAGUGACCUGCCCACCAGGGAUCUUUAUUCUCAGACCACGGGCCAACCCCCACACACCAGGGCACAUCAAGGAUGCACUCGCCAUGUCAUCUGGGCAACGCUCAGUAGUCCUGGGAACGGGAGGUCAGAAGGACUCCCCACAGGAAAUGAGCUUUGCUACUUGAAACACCCACCAUAAUUCCACCAAGACCUACAUUCCCCAGCCAGAAAUUAGCUGACAUAAUUUAUGAAGCAGACCCUUUCUAGUCUCCCGACAUAUUUAAUUUUAAUAUUUCAUAACAUUAUGGAGUGACUUCAAUAUUUUAAAGCACAAUUUAAUAUGAUUGAUAUUACAUGGCAACAUGUGCGUUUCCAUGAAGUUCCCAUACAAACAUUCAGAGAAGUCUUGAUCUAAAUCUAACCUUGAUCUAAUCUUAACAUAAAUGUAGUGAAACUUCACAACUUUUAACUCAUUUAUUUUAAAAAAAUCUAUUUUAUGUUUUAAGGACAGAAUACAGAUUUGGAACCAGUGGUAGGGGUCCUGAGAGACUUCAUAGAAACAAGUCAUUUGGACAUCUGUGCUAAGCAACAGGCCAUACAAGGGGUACUUUGAACCUUUGGACUAUGACUUAAAAUGUGUCCAUUUUUGAUCCAAAAGAUACUAAGGUAUCUCCAGGAACCAAGAACCUUGCCUCUCAGAGUAAGAAACAGCCUAACUUCAUCUCUGGGUCCUGAGACGGUCUCUUCCAGAGACCCCUCUACUCUAACACAUGAAGACAUUCAGUAUGAAUUUGAGUCAGUAGGCAGCUCACACUUUUUCAAACCAUGAGUGAGGUGAAGAACUAUGGUACAAAGUCAUCAUCAAGUUACAAUCCAGUAUCUAAGUAAAAGAAACAUUCUAACCUGGCUUUAUGCUGAGUACAUAUUCCCAACUCUAACUGGUAAGGAGGGAACUGAGCACAAAUAUAGAAAAGCAGAUAUUAGGGACAAGAAGGAAUUAUAUCUCUAAAUUACUCUGUAAACCUCAUGGCUAAUGCCAUAUUCCCAGGGAUUUGUAAAGAACUCUUUCCAAAGUCAUUACUUGUAAAUAUUGCUUUUAUGGAGUACAGUACUGGUAAUUCGGUCUAUUGUGUGUCCAUAGACUUGCUUCUUUACCACAUCCUGAUGUUAGGAAGUCUGAGAAGAAAAGGCCAGAGAGACAUCCAUUAUUGCACUGUGUAUACGCACAUCAGUUACAGGAUUUCACCCAGUAGAGUGAUGAAGAAACUUAUUUUAAAAAAAAAAUCCUAACAGCAUGUCAAAAUGAGGGCUGAAGUUCAUGUUGCAGUCACACAAUGGAAAAUUCCAAUUCAAUCCUUAAUAAUCUAGCCUUGGGCAUAAAAUGAAAUGCAGUAAACUAUAACAUAUGAGGGACAUGAGAAGGAGGCUAUGGAAUGUUGAAAAUAUUACAAUCAGAUUUGCAAAUAAACUUUGCUUUCUCUCUACUUCUGAGCUCUAGAGAGAAAGAGAAGCAGGGCAGGCUAGAUAGAGGGCCGACCUCCUGUCAGCUGCUCUGUGCAGGGACCCCAUCAGGAACACCCUAUCCACGGCAAACCUUAGUGACACUCAACAACCUCGGAGCUACUAGGUCAUUCCAUUGGUGAUGUGCUACACCCCCCUUCUCAAGAAAAAGUCCUAUAUUGGUCACUUGUCCUUUUAAAAAAAUCUUUUUUCCAUGUUUUCUCGGUGGUUAGAGUCCAGGUAUCUCAUACUUGAAUUUUGCUUCACAAAAUCUGCUUAUUUGUUUAAAUAAAUGACGUUGGCAUCCUUGGGAAUGUAGUGAAACUAUAAAAUUGGACUCUUAAAAUGGGGUAAGCAUAGAGAAGGGGGAUGGAUGUGCUGGGGGCUCUAUUUGGAAAGGACUUCACAUUUCCUGGAUUGUACUGAGGCCUGGCAGCAGUGGCCUCAGUGCUUCAAGAUUGAAAGAGAGGUCCUCAGGAAGUGCAGGUACACGAGGAGGACAGGAGGUGGCAAACCGCUCAGGAGUCCCAGAGGGAGAGGCAGGAAUGGCGGCUGCAAGGAGAGUGUCACCCUGACUGACGUGGAGGGUGAAGGUUGCCCUGGGCCAGGCACACAGAUGUCCUGGGGCUUGAGCCAGCUGUGGUGAUCAGAGCAGGAGAUUUACAAGGAAGGGUGACAGGUGGCUUUGGGCAUGGGUUUUGGCUUUGGAGGGCGGGGGAAAUAGGUUGAAACCAAUUUGAGGAGAACCAGCAGGGCAAAGAGAGGCCUCUGUUCAUUGGCUGUUUUGAACAGGACCGUACAUUAUCAGAAGAUGGUCAUGCUAUCUGGAGACAAACCCGAGAAAAGGGACGGGAGGCUGGCUGCAAAGGUGUCACAGAUGGGACUGACUGGGGCCCAAGGUGACUGAUGGUGUGGGAUGAGUACAAGGGGACAGUAUGAGAGGUGGAUCUCAUGGGCAAAGCUUUGUGAUGUGACGCCUGGGUGAAGGGAUUAAAGAUCCUGAAAAAGGCCAGGAAGUGGGUAGGUGAUGUGAAGUCUGGGAGCCAGCAGGGGGAAACACAUUGUUGAUUCUCACAAAUUUUUAUAUGAGUUUUUAACUGGAAAUGGUAUGUUAAAAAAUAAGUUCCUCAUUGUCUCUCGUUCCCUAGAACUUCUGUGAGGAAUGCUUUCCAUUAGGGGAAAAAUGGGCCAAGGGAUUCUCAACACAGUGAACUUCUUAAAGGACAAAGCAUAACACUGUCUAGUAACAGGUGCUUUAUAAAUAUUUAAUGAGGCUAUUAACAGUAAACCUAGUCCCUGAUUUUGCUAGGAAUUCAGGGAAUCCUGAAUGGGAAAUAAUUGUUCUAUUCAUUUCAAGUUCUACUUUUUUUUUUUUCUUUUUCUUUUGUAGUAGGAAUAAGCAGGAAGGAUCAGGAGGAGGUGGUAAUCGAGAUGGAGAAUCAGGCCUUACAUCUGGCCUUGCAGUAUCUAGAAAAGGAAAAAAGUACCCAAGGACUGGGUUUUCUGUCACCAAACAACCACAGGAAUUUCUUUUGGUAAAAAUUCACGUGGGCAGAAGCUGAGCUUUUAAAAAAAGAAUGUCUGAAUUUAGUGACUCGGUGUCAGAUUAAAAGAAACGAACGAGAGGUGGGGAAAUGCUAUGCCCUGAUCAGAGGGGAAGAUGCUGGCAGAUUGAUUGGAAAGGCAUUUUUGCUAGAGCUCUACCAAAAACCUGGAGAGUUCACUGGGCCCCCUAGAGACACCUGGACACCUGCCUCUCAGCCUUGACCUCCCGUCUCAGUUUGACAUUGUGACAUCAAUUCCAUUGAUCUCCGUGCUAAACCCAUCAAUUUGCCACUCUUUUUUUUUUUCCUUCUUCUUUUAAAAUCAAUACUAGUGUGGUGCAUACAGAUUUUCCCAUUUUCCUUGUUGAAACCACUGGGCACUAAUGGCUAAUGUCCAGUUAAUCGUGGACGUGAAAAUCCCUUAGCUCCCAUCAUGGGCUGGAUUUGGUGCCAAAAGGAGCUCCUGAUACAGCCCACGUGUAAAUUAGACAUAUGGAAAAGAAUCCGUUUCUGAAGCUGAAUUUUCCAUUCCAUCUCUUGGGCCAUUUGAGGGCCUGAUGGCAGCUGUCUUCUCAAGGAUUCAUUGUGUGUGUGUGUGACGGGAGCUGUCAGCUUGGUGGCUUCGUUGUGGCAGUCACACCCUCCUUGCUUUGGUCCUGCUAUUUGUAUUUCCUCCACCGAGUGCUGCUUCUCCUAUGUCCCUGGCUGCACCCCUACUCCACCAGCCACUUGCCCUGUGUCCUGGGCCAGGAAGCCUGACUGUUCCUGCCUCGGUUUCCCCAGCUCUAUUAACAUGGUCAUUUUUUCCUCCAAGGGUGUGUGCAAAAUGAGAUGUCUGAGCACGUGGGCAGUGAAGAAGGGCACCACCCCCAGAGUGGACACCCUGAGUGCUGCCUCUUACUCUCAGCUUUGCUCUCCCAGGUGGUGUCACUUGCUCAGGAUUCAGGGAGGACCCCAAUUCAAAACCCAGCAGCUGGCCUGUCAACUGCAGUUCCUAAGGACUGCAGCCAGCAAUGACCAGGCCAAGGAGUCAGCCUCCAGUGACAGCAUGCUCAGUGGAUGACCUUGAGCACCCCCUUACCAGUUUAUAAAGCCAAAGGAGGACAUUCAGCGAAACGCUAGCGCAGUGAUGGUAACCCACCUCCAACCCUGACCUGUGCUUGAGAGGGCCUGUCCCACCCACGGAAUUCCUGGAAAGGGACAGAAGCUAGACGUGACACAUUUUCAGCCAGAAACACAACACUACCACCCUGCACAGGUGUGGCAUGCCCUGUUCAUGCUCUAGACCUGCCCAGUGAGUUCACUUGGACUGUGCCAUUCAGGAAUCAGUGCACAUGGAGAGAGACCUGAACUUUAAGCUGUAACAGUGACUGGUCACUAGUUUUACUCUUCUGCACUGUGCAUCCACUUGACUGUUGAGGCACAAGUCAGGCCCAACAAGGCCCAGAAAGCACGAACUGCAGCCCCCACACAGGGUCUGCUGGCAUUGGCCACAACACCGGACUCAGCUCCAGGUCCACUCUAGAAAAAAUAUGGAAGGAGCCAGCUCUCCCUGCCCACCUAGGACAUUCACUGCGUCUUUUGGUCACUAUUUCUAGGUACCUUUUAUGGGCAAUGUGUUACUUUAAGCUUUGGGAAUAUGGCAGGAAGUAGAAGAAAAAAGGGUUGUGGAAGAAAAAAAUGUGUAGACUUGUAAUUCUUUUUUAUGAAUGUGUUAUUAAAAUUACUUGAGAAGUUAAAAAAAUAGACUGCUACUCAUUCCUCAUCCCCCAGAAAUUCUGACUGACUGGGAAAGGAGGGAACUAACACUGUUUAUUUCUUACCUUUUAAUGGAUUUGUUCCCUGGCCUCCAAGUGUGGCCUUCCAGAGAGCAGGGCUAGGGCAAAGCCCUGAAGGCAAGUGCCAGGGUCCCUGCUUCCUGUGGAGGACAGCCCCCUCCAGACCCUCCUCUCCCGAAGGCAGGCACCGCUCUCUUUAAACACAUGCACGCAAAGAGACCCCCGGCUUCCACUUCUUCCCUUGGCUUCACGAAGGCCAAAGCACGGAAGGGGCAUUGGAGGUUUGGGGAAGAUCUAUGCUUUCAUUUUAUUAAAAUCCUGUUCGGAUUCUGAAGUCUGCAGAGAGUGUUUCACAGAUCCUCUUACUCACUAGCAGGUGGACUUGUGUUCAGGAGCCACAGUCUCCCGCUCUGGUUCUCAGGCUCCUUGUCCCAUGAUCUGUGGGAGGGACAGGGCCUCUGCUCGGGAGACGCUGCAGGGGUGAGAGCUGGGGCCAGCACAGGAAUGGGAACCUGGACCCUUCCUCCAGUUGACACUGGAGCUCCCUGUGGGCUGGGUGCUUCCUGCCCUCAGAUGGCCACCCUAGCCUGGGGUUUGAUCUGCCCCAGGAUCGAGUCCAAGUUCCACUCUGGACAGGAGCAGAGAAGGUUGCUGCAACUCCUGUGAAGAGCAGCCAGGAGGCUGGUGGCCGUGGUUCAAGGCCAUCAGAACUCUACUGGCCUUCCUGGCGGGCGCAGCGAGCGGGAUGCACCAGUUUGGCUGCACUGGCUCCCGAGUCUCCCCUUCCUCUCCUGUCCAUGUGCGCUGUCUGGCUGUCCGUCUGUGUGUGUCUCUGGACCCACUGUCCCCUCCCAUUCUCUUUCUCUGUGUCCCCAUUUCGCUAUGACUUCCUGUCCACAUUAAUCUUCAUGGACAAGAGCAGCACGGAGUGAUAUUUCUAAGUAUUGAUUUCACUCACUGGUUAUAAUUAUACAUUUGCUGUUCUCAAUUCAAACUAUGCAAAACGGGAGUUCUUCCGUUCAAACCUCCGUGCGCCUCGGAAGCCCCUGGACUGCUGGGGUGCGCUGGCCCUGUGCUGCUUCCUCCUCCUGUGAAGGUCAGCACCUCCUCCUCCACGGCUGCGGAGUGUGGAAAGGUGCCACACUCUAAAAUGUUUGCUUAUUCCCAGUGAUAGAGGUGUUGGAAUUAAAUUCAUAAUUUAUUUUAUCACUGCCACAUCCUAUUCCCAAGAAGAAAGUCAGAUAACGUAAGAACAAAUCUACAGAUAAUGCCUAGCAAGUCGCAUUUCCCACAACAAAACCCUGAUGUGCUUCGUGACAAAAUAGGAAACACGUUUCUGGGCCACCUACUCAUGUUUGAGAGCUCGUGUGGCAUGGACUCUUCUUCUAUCAAUCAGCACACAAGCAAAUUCAUACAAAAACCUAACUGCAGAUACUUUGGGCCAAGAUUCAGAAGUUAAAGUCUCUACAUAUAAAUUUACCUAAAACCUAAUGAAACUCGAUCAUUCUCCUUUCUUCUUCCUCCUCAUGCUUCAGAAUACAGCCGUGUUCCUUCUCCCCUGGGCAUUCAGGCAGGGUAGAAAGGACCCUCAGAGACCACGAAUACGGCACACCCAUUGGGAGCCUUCUUUUAUUUAUUUAUUUAUUUAUUUAAAGUUGUAGUUGGACACGGUAUCUUUAUUUCAGUUAUUUAUUUUUACGUGGAGCUGAAGACAGAGCCCAUGGCCUCGCACGUGCGAAGCGAGCACUCUACUGCUGAGCCCCUGCCCCGCCCGGGAGCCACGCAGAUCACACUCUUAAUCCACAAGCAAGGGCUGAAGGAUGGCUGGGCACAGGGGAGACAGGUGCUUGCAGGGACCUUGUCCCCACAGCACUCAUGCCAGCGUUCAGGAGAGGACUGGCAGACAGCAAGGCAACUGCAUGUCCUUCGGGCCUGCUGCCCAGCGCCUCCCAGGGAGGCAGCCCCCCCCCAGGAGCACCCCCAGCUCCAACUCCAGGCCUCCAGAGCCCAGCGGCUGAUUCCUCCACACACGUGCUCCCCGCGGGACCACAGGGGAGCACUGCGUCUACCUCUGAACCAUCAGAGAGGCUGUCCACGGGCGCGGAAGUCAGGCACAGUCCUGGAAAGGGAGCCAGCAGAAGAGGGGACACCCGGGGGGAUGAGCCUGGCAUGCUCUGGAGACCCUGGGAGGGACUGUGUCCCUUCAGCAGAUGGAGCACGACCGAGUUGUGCUGAGAGGUCUAGAGACACAAGCAGGGAAGAGCAGGAGACGGAAGACCCGCUCUCUUCUUGGAAGUUCUGCCAAAUGGGGCUCUGCAGAGAGGACAGGUGUGGGGCCCCGAGGCUGGACAGGCAGGACGGCAGAUGCAGGGCAGAGGCAGGAGAGGCAAGAAGGUUGGGACCAGGGUGGGAAAAGUGUGAAGAUAAAGGAAGAAAUCAAUAGGAGAAGCAACAGGAAAGAAAAAAAAUCAAUGGGGUGUGGGCGGUGAGUGGAUAUGGGGAAUUAAACCAGGAAUGGUUAGCCAAUAGUUGGCAGCAGCCAUGAGGGCAUCCUCAGAAUCAAGGUCCCGAAAGACCCCACUCUUACAAGGUAGGGAUGUGUCUCGAUCCCAGGCCGAUCCUGCCUUUAACCCUGAGCACCUGCUCCAAGCUCAGCAGGGGACGUUGUGCUUCUGGGUUGAGUACUGACCACUCUCGGCUCUUAGGCCAUCAUGCUGUGUGACCAUCUCCCAGGAAGGACCACAGCAUCCUCUUCUGGCUGCCAGAGACACUACUUGGGUUUUCCCGAGCCAGGGGACAAACCUUUCAAGACGCCAGAGUGGACGCCGCGAGGGAAACGUGAUGGCCUGUUUUCAAAAAAUGGCUGAUGGUUGUAAUGCGCAGAUGACCCCCAACUGCUGUUGGUCUAGGAAAAAAUUAAAGAGCCAGACCUGGAAGAACAGAAGGUGACGUCGCGCCGGAUGAGGGGCGGAAUUCAUUUUCAGGAAUUGUCAUUGUCUAGAGUACACAACAUCCACACCCUGUUUUGCUUACUUUCUUUCCUCCCCACCACCAACAAUGACCUUGUACAUUCUGAACAUCAAAACUUCACCCCACGUGCACCUACAACUAGGGAUGAUGUGUCACUCUGCCCAGAACAGUCCCUGUUUCCACAUCUCGAGGAAUGUACUGUGCACACCCCCUUGGCCUGCCUCAGUUCUGUCUAGCCUGAUGGCACCUUUCUUCUGGAUGAUGACCCUGAGGUCUCCUUCACUGCCCAUCAGCUCCAACAGAAGGGGAAAAGGUCUCUCACUUCAGGUGGCUCUGAAAUCAUGUUCUUUUGUUCAAUUCUAGAAUCAAUCACCCCCGCAUCACUUGUAGCCCAUGAAUCAAGAGGAAACCUCAAGAAUUCAAACCAGACAGUCCUUCCACACAGACCACCAACAUCAGCUCCCAACGUCCUGGUCAGGAUUGUGCACAUGGUCUCCUGGGGCAGGAUGUCUUCUCCUCGUUCAGCUAUUGGCUUAUAAACAGAACCCCAUUCCAAGAGUUGCUCAUGGCUCUUUCUUCUUGGCUGAGCUGUCUCUGCAGUAAACCCAGAGCUACCAAAGAAUUGGUCAAACCAAGAAAAAUAACAGUGGGCAAACUUCCUUCUGAAGGAAUAGGGAGACAUGGGCAUGGCCUUGCCAGAAGGAGAGGUUGCAUCUUGACCUCGGAAUGAUUUCAACCAACUUGCAAGCAGAAAUCCUGCCCUGGGUGUUCCAAUAUGGUGUCCUAAGGUCAAAUUGAGAAGCAGCAGGAAAGCCAUCCUUUAACAUAAAUCAUUUUUAACGCCCCCCCCCCAAAAAAUAGUUCUAAUUUUUAGUUUCAGCUAUCUCAUGAAUCAAAACAUGCCACUUAGUAACGAUGUACAUAUGUGUGUAUACAUACAUAUAAGCAUACAUAUAUACAUGAGUGUGUGUUUGUGGACUCAGCACUGUCAAUAGCGGUCCACUGCAGGAUUGUCUGCCUGUUUUCAUGGGAGUGGGAAUUCCAUACAGUCUACGAUGGAGAGGCCACCUCUUUGUGUCCUAUCAACUCUUGCUAACUCAAACCUCGUCUGGACCCCAAAUGACCAUCCAGGGAAUGGGGGCAAACAGGACACUUAUGAUGGUAAUCUAAGUGUACCUCUCAGCUCACUGAGAACCACAGUCCUGUACCUCACCGUCUCGGCGACUGUCAGGCUGAUGGGGGAGGCCAGAGGAGAUGGAAAAUCAGUUCCUUUUACAUCCUGAUGGGUGAUUUGGAUGAGUUGUUGGAGUCAGAUUUGCUGAACUCUUUUUGGACGUUAUUAGCAAAGCUAACUGCUACAGAUAAGGUUGAUUUUUUACAUUGAUGUAAUGUCUCAUUUGGAGGAGGCAUUUUUUUCCAGUGGAUUUUCACCAACAUCAUAAAAUUUUGCUAAUUCAUUUCCAGUAAUUUAGAUUCCGUUUGGACAGCGGAUGAGCAAAGGUUAACGUCAGUAUAAGCUGGAGCUCAAAGAACUAAGUAAAUAGUGAGACAUAAAUGAAGAGGGAAGUCUGCUGCAUUGAAGACAGCCAUUUUCUGGUCCUUCUAAACCUCCAUCCAAAUCCAAAGCGUCCGUCCCUAGCAGAUGAGAUCCACUCUCAGGGGCAGGCCAGUGUACCCCUCUGUGGCCAUGGGUGGCCGACAUAAUCGAUGCUAGGAUUUUGCUGGUUAAAUGUGUGUUCUUAAAUCAGAAACAAGAAUGGACCGAGGCAGCACCUACGAUGGUUUCUCUUCUGCCUGAAAUCCUGCUUUGAGCUCCAGGAAUUUCCCUCUUCCCAACUUCAGACUGGGUGGUCAUCAGCUCUAAAAUACCAAGGUUUCACCACAGUACUCCACGCAUUGAGAGGACAGGGUACGGCUUCCAUGGGAGUCCUCUGAUGGCCGCGGCUCUGCAGCCAGAGCUCCCUCCAUGCUCAAUCUCAGGAAGACACUGAAUUCAUUCAGUUACCCUGGUUCAGUGCUCUGAAUCAGCAACCUCUGAAGAGAGAACAAAUGUCUAGAAAAUAUCCUGUGAGUGUAUUGAAGGAAAUUAAACUGGAUCAUGAAUCUCACUAAGGCACAGUCCAGAAUCUAUAGCAGGCAGUGUUGCCUCAAGGAAAAACAACUCCCACUUCUGAGGAGUCAACUGGUGCCUAGAAGACAGGUCUGUGCGUCAGUGCCUUCACAGCACAAGUUCACUGAGCGACAAGACCUUCCUUCCACACUGGGAGCUGUGAGUUCAAGAACAGCACAGCCGUGCUCACCACUCGAGACUCUCAGGCAUGCCCUCAGCAGGUGGACUGAAAUGCUGGCCCAGUUAACCUUUAACUCCAGCUCUCAGGUGUCUCAACAGUGGGGAAGCCACUCGGAAAACCAAUAAUUUCCCACAGCUCCUGGUGACACGCAUCCGACCACUUGCUAAGCUUUGGGGCUAUAUCAGAGGCCCUGGGCUAUCUCCUGGCCUGCCUGACCUGGGAGCGGACGGUAUCAGGACACACGCACCACAUUCCAGAGCCAGCCUGGAAUGCUGUGAGUCCAUGCAGACAUGGGAAGAACAGACAUCCUCCCUCCCAGGGAGGGCCCCCUGGGAGCCAACAAACCCCGGCUUCUGCAGAUUAGAAGUGCAGAUGACAGACAGGUCAAGUCCGUCCUGUUUCUAACUAAAAAUCAAUGGCAGAUCCCUUCCUUUGAGUAAUUUCUCUUGAAAACCAACAUAUGUGCUUCUGCUAAAUACUCUCUCAGUCACCUGCACAUGUGUAUGACAUAGGUACACACACGUGUGUGCGCACACUAUUUUAAGAUUCCUUUUUUUCCCUUUUCAGGGCUUCCUCAAAACAAUGAAAGGUAACCUUUGGAGACUGCUUGCACCCAAAUCUAAUCAUUUCUGGGUUUUUCUCCUUCAGACACAAGUGUCCAUGCUUGCAGAGACCUGCUUAAAGGUGAGCAUAGCCUCUGCCGGGCUUUAAUUGGCAAACUAAGGCAACCACAUGGAGCCCUCCUCUGCACCCCCAGAACUGGAAAAUGUACACAAAUAUAUAUCUUAAUAUCACCACAAUGUUCUGGUUUUUUUUUUUCCUGGUAAAAUUUGGUAGACUACUUUCUUGUACCUAAACAUUAUUUCAUAAGUGGUUUUCUAUGACUCUAAAUAAUCUCUAUAAUUAUCAUUUUAAUGGCCGCGCAGAGCGAAUGUACGCCAUAAUUUACUUAACUGUUUACCUAUUGUUAGGCAUUUAGUUGCUUCCAUUUUUCACUGCUUUAACUUGGGAUGAACAUUUUUAUAUAAGCUAUGAAUCCAAGCAGCAUGCAAAGAUGACUCUCCAUCACUAAUCUAAAAAUACAGGGUUUAUAUAUUUACAACUCACAUUUGAUUACGAAAUUUCAUUUGAGAGUAAUUAAGACAUUUAUAUUCUAAACAGCUCCUCACCUCCUCGUGCUCCUGAGCCUGACGGGCUCCACUGUGACCGGCCACGUUCACCUCAAUAUGCAUAGUCCAGUGAAUUCUGAACCUCGGUUUCCUUAGGAAAAAUAAACUCUGAAUCUACUGCCAUAGAGCCAAGAGAUUAACUCCAAGGACCAGAGGGCUCUAGGGGUGACCCUGCCAAGGCAAGCCGUUGUUCCAAGUCCCACAUGGGUUUCAUGCUCACUCCAGACUUAAAGGGCAACCCUCCCUCAGUCUGUGUUCUGGGCUAGGUGUGUUCCUGGGGUCACCUUGCCUAACCCGAACACAGGUGCAUCAUGGGAACAGGCCAUGGACACUGCUUGAGGAGCUUCCACUUUUGAUGUUGACCACAGGUGACUUCAGGUGACAGAUUCCCUGCUUGAGGAUAGUGGUUCAGGUGUGUGGGCUUCACACAGACUCGGCGUGCAGCCCGCUCUCUGGGCGGCUCCAAGCAGGUUACAAAAGAGAAUCUUAUGCCUCAGUCUACGGUGUGAGGAUGAUGCUCCCCACGAGGCUGCUGUGGGGGCAGAAUGAGAAAACGCAGAGAGAGGUGUGCCCGGCAGUGCUGGCAGUUCUUGAGGACACAGAUGUGGCCUGUGUGCACAUGAGCCCGGCAGGGUCACCGGAUCUUCUCACCCGCUGACGGGGUGCGUGAAGGAAUCGUGAAGGAAGGAUCCCACUGGUCCCCAGGACAGCCUUCUGUGGGGUCACCUUCCUCUUUCAGGACAAAACCAUCAUGUGAAUAUAACCACAAUAAGUCUAAGUCCCCAGUACACUGUAGAGAAAGAGCCUGCAAAGACGUGUCCACCUUAGAAAUUCCUAACGUCCAGGAAAAUUCCUCUGAAAGCUUUAGAAUAUGUCAUCCAGCCAUCAAAAGGAAGCCCUAGCCUAUCUGCAGCGAAAAUCAUCAGCCACACAGGUCCUUAGCUGUCUUCCCAAUCAGAGCCAUCAGCACCAUUCAGUCACUACGGCUCCCGACCAACCAAGCUGGCCCAAAGUCCUAAGUAUUACCAUCGUUUUCACUAAUAUGGAACUCUGUAAAGCAGAGAAGAGCUUAGAAUGUUCUUCUUCUUAUUAUUAUUGUUUUGCCACUAGCAAUUAAUUUCUCUGAUUUGUUUUAUGAGUUUGAUGGUUGGGUCCAACACUCAGAAUAUCUUUCCAAACCAGCAGAGUGAUGUAAGAACAUUAGUUCAGUGCAGUUCCCGGCAAAUGGUGAUGAUGAAUAGCAGGGAAGGACAAACUUAUUCAGACACACAUUUUUCAGUAGUGGCAGGGAAAAGGCUGAAAAAUUGCUGGUAAAUUGCUUCUUGUAAAAAUGCUCUCUCUUUCAAAUUUUCCCUAGUCUGAAGGUCUUCUGCAGGAUGAUGGCACAAUCUGUCCUGACAUCCCCGGAUGACCAAGGCAGUUAAAGGAUGAAUAUGAGAUAAGAUUGAGGGUUGAGAGUUCAUUUUCUUAUUUUACCACCUCCUCCCUCCAAGUUUCCAUGCUCCACCCCAAACGACGCUAUUUUGUGUGCAUCUUUUUAACCUGUAGUUGAAUAAGUGCCUCUAAAAGAUAUCUUUCAUUUCCCCGAGCAGGCUUUCCCUGCCCCAUCCACCAGGCGUAAUCUCGGCCUUUGCAGAAUGGAACAGGGUUAUUGAUGGGUCUCUGGACCGUUCCUUUUUCUUCCCCAGCUUUCUACAACUGUCCUGUUGGAGUUUCAAGUUACAGAGGUCUCCUAAUAUCUCCAGCAUCUGGAACCAUGGUCAGUAAGGAAUCCGGCAAAUGCCAACUCACAACGCCCGAGAGUGAAGUGGAGCCGGCUGCCUGCCUGGCCCUGGAGAUGAAAUACGCCCUGGAUCCCAACCGGCAGAUUAAAAAACGGAACAAAGCCCUGCAGGUGCGCUUUAAGGAUAUCUGCGAGGCCCAGAGUGAGCAGAGGGACACGCAGCUCUCCUCCUCCGGACAGCCAGGAGAGAAGAGGGAGGCCAAGCCCGUGUCCUGCAGAGCAGCUUAUCGCAAAUACAUGACAGUGCCCGCACGCCGCUCCAUCCCCAACGUCACCAAGAGCACAGGCGUGCAGACCUCACCGGACCUCCGAAAGUGUUACCAGACAUUCCCUCUGGACCGCAAGAAAGGGAGCCUCAAAAGCCUCCCAGCCGCAGAUCCCUUCAAAACCCAAAACAAUGGGUUUCUAGCAGACACUAAGGAGAAGAGUGAGGCGGGCCCCAUGGAAGAGUCCCGGCCAUGCAUGGCGGGGCGCGUUCACAAGACCACGGCCUUGGUUUUCCAUUCGCAGGAGCACGUGAAUGCUCUGGAUCAGCCUCCGGGGGUCAACUGCGCAGAGCCCUGCAGAGACCCCGGAGUGCUCGGCCAUCCAGAGGGUCCUCUGCAGAACUCCUCACGGCCUCCCUCCCAAGAGCCUGCUCACCAGCUGCAGGGGCGAGCAAAGCCUGAUGGGGGGACCCCAGACUCUGAGGAGCCCGCCCAUGGGAGGGUGUUUAAGACGGAGGUCGCCACCGUGUAUGCACCUGCCAUCAGUGCCAGGGCCCCUGAGCCUGGCUUGUCAAACUCUGCUGCUGCCAGCCAGUGGUCCCUCUGCCCUGCAGAUGAGGAGCAGAGGAGAGCCACGCAUCUCAAUGGGCUGCAGGCGCCCCCGGGCUCUGCUCUGGCCUGCUCGCCCCCAGUGCAGUGCCUGUCCCCCGAAUGUAGCGAACAGCCCCUAGAGACCCAGCCCAGUCCCACAGCCGUGGCGGCGGGUGAAGAAUGCCAACAAAUCGUGCCUCACACAGAGGUGGUGGACCUCAAGGCACAGCUUCAGAUGAUGGAGAACUUGAUCAGCUCCAGCCAGGAGACCAUCAAAGUGCUCUUGGGGGUCAUUCAGGAGCUGGAGAAAGGAGAGGCCCAUCGGGAAGGGCUUUCAUAUCGGACGGGGCAAGACACAGCUAAUUGUGACACAUGCAGGAACAGUGCAUGUAUUAUCUAUAGUGUGGAGCUGGACUUUAAGCAGCAGGAAGACAAGCUGCAGCCCGUGCUGAGGAAACUGCACCCUAUCGAGGAAACUCAGGUCGCCCCUUCGCCUUACACUCAGGAGACGUACUCCGCAACGCCCAAGCAAAAAUCCAAAACUGAGUCUAAAAAGCAUGGAAGGUGGAAACUCUGGUUCCUUUAACACUGGUGGUAUGAAGUCUCGAGGCUGUCUUUAAAACCCACUGGAGUUAAAUCAGUCCUUUUCCAGAACGAUUAGGAUCGAGGGAACUGCGGUGCCAAUCCACGCGCUCCCCGCUUCUCGCCCUGCGUACCAAAAAGGCCUUCGUCCCACCAGAUAAUUAACAGAGUAAGGUAAUCAAUGUCACACCUGGCUAGCCGUUCUUUGCAGUUCACGGAUGUGGGAUGUAAAACCUGAAAUGAAACUUAUGUACUCAACGAUGAUAAGUAAAAAUUCUAACCCCCCAGAUCUGCAAGGAUUAGGUUACCAACCUGCACCAUGGCAGGCUGUCACUCUGCACAGCGAAAACUCAUAAUUAUUUUCCAGCCUUUACUUUAUUUUUAAAUAACGAGAAGAAAAAGCAAGCCUUAUGUUUGCAGAGGACUUCAUUUUUACGUUCCAUCUUGCAAAUAAGCAGGGGGCGAGUGCAAUUUUCAGCACAUCAAAUUCCGGAGAAAGCACAAUUUUUUCAAGUGGUCAGAGACCAUGAAUAAUCUCUAAAAUGUGACUCUAUGUAUAUUUGCCUUCAUGUGCUGUAGCGCUAAGCCAAGUGACCACAUCUCAGUGUCACACUGACACCUCAAAUCGAGCACCCUCUUCAUCUCUAGACCUACGACAUGUUUACUGCUCAUUUUCCAAAUGGCCAGCAGCCAGGAGUCCCCCAAAGUCAAGACAUGCCUUUAAUCAUUGCAAGUUGACAGGGUCAGAGCUAUUGGACACUCAGCUUUCUUAGAUCUCGUUUUUAAUCUUUUGGUACCCAAAGGCCAAAUGAUAAAUUCUGGCAAGAAUUUGAAAACACAUAUAGAGAUACACAAUGGAUAACACAGUCACCAAUAAAUCACAGGCUCUCUGCCACGGCGGGAAGUGUUUUUGUGGAUCAAUCCUCAGAGACAUUGCUCGCCCAUAGAGCAGCCAGACAUUUUAUAUAAUUCGUUAUGCUUUAUAACAACCAUGGAAGGUCUGACUAUCUCAAAGAGAAACAGCGUGUUCCGUUUAGCUGCUACCAAUGGACAAACUUAAUAUCACCUACAUUUAACCUGUUAGUAAGUUGUACUAAACGACAUACUUAGGGGAAAGCUGUGAAUCAAAUGUUUUUAGGUAUUUUUUAAAUCCACAGUAACACUCAGAGUUCUCUCUUGAUUACACAUUGCAAUGUAAAUCUUAGUUCCUUUAUUUUUUCACUCAUUUCUUUGCACCUUUGCAAGUAUCUUUUUAUAGAAAAGAAAAAUCCCCUAGUCUGUUAAUGACUUUGUCUAUCAAUUUUUUGCUUUUCACAAUAGGAAGUAGGGAUCUUACUUUGCCUUUUUUUGUACAACUUAAAUUUUGAAUAGUUUGUGAACAUACUGAAAAACCCAGUCUUCGAGUUUUUGUCCAGCAGUUUCAUAUCUAUUCACGUGCCAAUGUGCACACCUCAUUGAUCAGAUGCCAAACACAAAGUGGCUAGUAUUGGGAAAAGGAUCGCAGCCUGCUUGGUUCACACCGGAGCUACUUCUUGCCAUGCAUUCUCCUUCUCACUCAACAGCAAUUCUGUUUUAGUUUUACGCUUCUGGUUCUAUAAGGACCUAUCUAUCAGCAAUCAGAUCUGGACUUGAAAAAGACGAAAGAAGAGUAUUUGUGAAAACAUUCUUUAGGGGUUACUCAAACAGUACUGCAGAGGUAUACUUAAUUUAACACACACCCCUGUUGUGGAAAUAUUGUGUAAGGAUUCAAAUCCCUGAAUAGCAGUAACAGAACUCAGAAAUAUUUUUGUGCAAGAAGAGUGAUAGGCAAGUUGUUCCUGUACCUUGAAGGAAGUGCAAUUGUUUCAUGUAGACUGAAACUUUAAAAAUGUGUUUCAUGUUUUUAUACUGUUUUUAACUAAAGUUGUAAAAAUGUUUGCGACAAGUUCUCUCUCCUUCUGUUUUAAGAACCCUAGUGAUAUCAGUGAGUAGAAAGAAGAAAGGUGUCAGCAGUUCGCUAAACCAGCACUGCACACCUGUCCCACCGAGAGGGCAUCCUGGAACAGGGGAUGUCCCUAUGUCAAACCAGUUUAGACCAAAAUCCUAUGGUUAAAAUUUUCAGAGUCAAACAGGAAACUCUGUAGAUAAACUAAUUCUUCCUGGAAAAUGAAAGCACCUCCAAAACAUUUGAAAAUAACAUUUUCAAAAUCAUUUCAUGGUUUAAUUGCGAUGCAUCACUGAUGGAUGGAGAUCCUUCUCUUGACAGAUUUAAGCAAAAACUUUGACACAAAACCAAGGUAACAUGUCCCGUGCUCCCUCAUAUGUACAUGUACAUGGCAUUACGUAUAGAGAUUAAUUAUUAUACUUGUCAUCAAGUUCUUUAUUAAUUUUUAAAUAAAAAAAAAAUCAAAGGUAA